CUGUUAGUGCAGCUUCGAGUUACUGUGCCUGGGUGUUGUUGUCACGCUGUGCUUCCCUGGUGCUAUAGUGCGCUGUUUGGUGCCGUGCUAGAGUCACGGCAGCAAGCACAGCAAGCACACAACACGAGCCGCCGCGCUCCUCUUCACAUCGGAGUCUUGCGUCACCUCCUUCAGUUCUGGGAAGCUCGUGUGAAGCGGAGGAUAGACGGUCUCUUGGCACUGCACCACACAUACAAACAGACAUUCUCUCUCUCUCUCUCUCUCUCUCUCUCUCUCUCUCUCUCUCUCUCUCUCUCUCUCUCUCUCUCUCUCUCUGCUUCAGCCCUUUCGCCGCUCUUCCUGCUAAUCCUUUCCUCCCGCCCGCCAGUCCCCCUCCCGGCGCCCAGGGACAUGCGCGCCUGCCUCCCCUCGCCGCCAGUCACCCGCGAGGACUCUCUCUGCUCGCCCACCCGCGCCACACACCCGCCACGGACUCCCCCUGCCAGGAACACCCUACUUGUUGCUCCAGCGACCCGUCUGCGUGAGGUUCCUGGUCGGCGAGACACGUCCAGCAUGGUUCGAAGUCAGUUGGUGCACCAAGUCACUACCGCAGGGGUUCACACACCUCCUCUACAACUCGCCACGCCCCCACCUGAGGUACCCGAGGAGCAGGAGCCAUUCGUGCCGGACAGAGCAACGACCAUGGAGGAGGUGGUACAGUUGGCAAUACAGAACAAGGAUAAGGUGAAGGGAAGUCUUGAACGGGAGGCCCAAGAGUCGACACAAAAUGACACAGAACAGACAAACCUGAGCAACAUGGAGGACAAGGACGAGGCGCACUCUGGGGACGGUGAUAAAGACUCUAUUCUGUCGGCAGCCACAGGAGAAGCUAACGACACACUGCAGGGGAGUGGCAAGGCUUCUCUGGCAUCCCAGAUUGGUGGAUCCAGUCCCACCGAGAGCUCCGUCCUCACCAGCGCCACCAAGACCCCAAGCAGGUCCAGCUCCAGUGAUCGCACGGCAACUUCCAGCAGGCCUCCAUCCAGCAGCAGGGCUGUCGUGCAGAAAAGACCAGACUCUAAGGAGAGAGCCCUGAGCUCCAGCAGACUUCCCUCAAAGGACAGGGCCACCAGCUCCAGCAGGCCCACUUCUAAGGACAGGGCCAUGAACUCCAGCAGACCUACUUCAAAGGACAGAAAAAUAAGCUCUAGUAGGCCCGCCUCGAAAGACAGAGCCAUAAAUUCUAGCAGGUCCACUUCGAGAGACAGAACCAUAACGUCCAGCAGGCCUGCCUCAAAAGAACGGGCCAUAAGCUCCAGCAGGCCUACGUCAAGAGACAGAGGAAUGAACUCGAGCAGGCCCAGCUCAAUAGAGCGAGGCUCGAGGUCCAGACCACCAAACAGACCCACUUCCAGGGAAAGACCGCCUACUACCAGAAUAGAUAAGAAGAACACCUUGGCUUCCGUACAGGAAGGAAGAGAGGCCGCCACCAGGCCCUCGAGACCCAUCUCCAGGAGUAAGGGGUCCAAUGAGCCAAAGAUCACCAUCAAAGAGACAUCAGUUUUUCAGAGGCCCGAGAAUGUUGAUCACGGCCUGCCUCCCUCUGGGGCCCCGAGGCAAGGUAAAUCAGCUGCAGUGCAGGACAAGCAAAAUCAGGAAAGGAAUGUUGCAAAACUGUACCAAAGACUUAUCAAGAAACACGUGUCAGGCAACAAAACAGGACCUUCAAAGGAGGCUGCAGGUGACAAAGGUCCUGCCGUGGCUGAUCACGCCUCCAAGUACAGAGUACAGAGCCAGACCCCAGACCUCCGUGAUGGGUCGCCCUUACAACCAACUAGAGAAGAGGUGUCAGUGCAGCAUAACGACGCUCUUCUGGUGGGUGCUUCACUGUCCCUCAACGACAGCUCAUCAAGGCCACAGACCCCCAAGCAGGGCACUUCAAGCAUCGGAGACACAACGGCCAUGGUGGCACCACAGGAAGGCCUCGAUAUGGAGUCCGGUGCCAAGCAGCUCGCGGUGCAAGAGGCACAGCUAAGUCGCUCCCUGCUGGCAAGCAUGGCUGAACAAAAUUUUUUGAAUUCUCGAAGCCAGAGACCAGAGUCAACUGUUCCCGAACCAAAGAGUGGUAAGCAGGCUGACUCACAAGAUAAGCAGGCAGCAUCCACGGGUCAUUCACAGGAGAUAAAGCCACUGACAGCUCUGGAAGGAGCCAAUCAGAGCACACAGCAAGUUACUGAGAAAUCAGACAGCCAACCAGAGAGCGGCAAGCAGGCCCCGACGGACCAAUCAAUAACUGAGGACGGUGUCGCGGCCAGCACGACGAGCGUGAAGGAUAGUGGCGGUAAAGUCCCGGCGCUCGCCAGUGUUCCCUCACGUGCGGCGCUGAGCGGAAGCGGUGAGAGCAAUGCUGCUGGUGACCCUUACAAGGCUUCGCCCUUAAUACAAGGCGAUGCGGGAACCAGCAGCAGUGUUAAGACAGUCGUCCCCCUCGACCCUCUGAAGCUGUCUCCUCACAGUGACCAUGGAAUUAUCCCCAUUGAGAGCACCCGAGGCGGAGUCCUCCCACGUGUACUUGACCAACCCGCGCCCUACGUACCUUCCCUCCGGGGAGAUGUUCUCGUGAAGGCUCUAGAGGAGUCAGCGAGGACUAACGCAGGUGACAGAAUACACAUACCUCCACCACAAGCACAAGGCGUCAUGCCCUAUCAUGUGGCCCCGCGAGGAUCCUCCCUGUCGGCCGUGGAGGUCCCCGAGCCCACCCUGUCUACCGUGUCGCUGGCUGUAUCCAAGAACACUGCCGACUUGGGCCGUCCCAUGCCCCUGCGUGAUCAAGGUACUGGUGGCAUCUUUGACCGAUUCACCUCCAACUCCUCCACCAGUUUGUGGCACAAGAUUACGCCGCUGGCAGUAAGACCAUCCAAUGAUGCAUACUACCGCGAGCCUCGGGAGUACGAGGACUACUUGCCUCGUGAGCCCCCAAGGCCUGUCCUGCAGCGCCGCAAUUCCUUGGGAAAAAUUAAUACACGUGAUUACGAAGAGGAUGACGACUACUACUACGAAGAUGACUACAACGACAAUUCGCGACAAAAGAGAGUAAAGGAAAGUCGCGGGGCGCAGACAGUGCGGGUGAAAAAUCAGCAACCAAGACACGGCAUCCUCAAAAAACCAGAGACUCGCCAGGUGAAGAAAGAGGAGCCGCGCAACACUAUUCUGGAGAAGCUGGAGGAAUACCGCAAUAGCCCGCCCAUCAUCAUUGCCAGUGGUCUCGUGCCCAAGAACCUGGAGAGCCUGACCUCAGAGUACCAGGCGACACGCGGGGGCGAGUCCCAAAAGAACGGAACAAAAAAUCAUGCACCAAAAGAGAAGGAGCACUUUCACGACCGACACGCAGAAACAGGAACAAGCGUCACUGCCCCCCUGCUGGCGUCAUCGGGGCCUAAACAGAGCAUCGGAGACGUAUUCGACCGCCUUCACAACAACCGCAGGCUCGAACACGCGGCGCUCGUCUCAAGACGGCCGGAACUCAAACAGAAACCGAAGCCGAUCCCGAAGACGAAGGAGAGAGACACGGGUGUCGCCAGCAUCACCCCCCGAGCAGCCACAGAACCACAACGGAAUGGAGGCAAGGACGUCUAUACGCGACUCUACCAGAACGCCGCCCCUGCAAGAAAACGGCGGGACGAGUACGGAGAAUCGACACGUCUACUGGAUAACGCUACCCCCCACGCCCCCGCCCCAGCCGUCCCGAUUCGUCAUGAGGCCCACAAGAGCUCCCCGCGGGCCUCCAAGGACGUACAGAAGCUCCAGACCCGCCCGGCCGAACACGUCAUUAAUAUGCCCAUGUCCGAGUCUUCUCCGGCCACGCAGGAACCUCUGGGGCUGGCCCCGGACAUCGUGGUGGAUGACGAGCCGGCGCCCAUACAUCCCGGCUACGUGGACCAGACGGGAAAGGGCACCAACGACAAGAUACCAAUCGUACUCCUCCAGGGAUUUUUCCAAGGGCCGGGAGCUAGGUCGCCGCAUCACCGUCGUCCGUCAAUGAGUGUGAAUGAGCUCACGCUGCCGCCACACCUGGUCGACGUCACCUCAGUGAUCCGCGGUGCCCUGCCCGUCCUGCCCCGCUCACUGGCUGCCCUCUGCCUCACCCUCAACAUUCUCCUUCCCGGUCUCGGAACGGCAGCAAGUGGGUGGCUGGGCCUCUGCUGGGGGAGGAACCGCAUGGGAACAGUGGAGACCAGUGGCCACCGCUUCACCUCAGUGGUGGUGACAGCAGCCACCGGGCUCGUCCAGCUCUUCACAGUGACCUUCUUCCUGGUGGGGUGGUUCUGGGGGGUAGCCUGGGGGAUCCUCCUCGUCUCAAUCGCCAACAAGUACACCCAGUUCGUGUCGGAGCAUCGGUCCUCAAUCAGUGGGGCAGUCAGCCUGGAGAUGCUGGCAGUCAACGCCAACUAGACAUGCAGGGCUUCAACCAACCCCAUCCCCACCACCUGCCACCAUUGCAAGCAUGGCCACGAAACUCAAGGCCACACCAUCAAGGACCUCAAUAUACAUCGUCACCUCAUCCCUCACUGCCCUACACAAGGUCGUAUCUCCCCAGCCCACAACACUCAUGGCCACACCACUUGAGGCCACACCAUCCGCUGCCUAUGUUCAGACCAAAGCCACACCAGAGAGCCCACCCAUCACAGGCAAUAUCCUUGUCCCGUCGAGCAAGGAUUUAUGCACAGCCAAGACGCCCAGGUAUUUUGAAUUACUGCUGUUCAGUUUUAUAACAGCUUUUGAUUAUAAACUUUAUGCCUUUUAACUUUUUAACAUAUUUUAGUAACAUCAAAGAUCCCAUGGAAAUUAACCAAAAAAAUUUGAUACCAUUAACUUUGUAUGGCACCAUUACACUUUUCCAAGCAAAAUAUUCCUCUGAUUCCUCUAAACUAGAGCAAUACAUACCUCAGUAGUCAGUGUCCAUUCUCUACCCCUCUUCUGAAAUUGUAAUAAAAAUGACACAUGGGGGAUUAAAUUUUCCCUUUUGUUCGAGUCUAAUACCAGACUGGAGCUGAUUUUUUACCCUCAAGAAGUUAUGCAAAGGGAAAAAUUAUCUUUUUCUCAUGGUUUGUUUGCUGGUAAUGAGAAUGAUCAUACCAGUCACCUCUAAAUAUCUCUUAGCAUAAAAUUCUCUGAACUGUCUGAGCACCUUAGUGAAAUAUCAUGAUAUAUUCAGCUCCAUAAAACUUCCAAUGUCUUUCAAGUAACCCAUUCAGCUAUUCUGAUCAAAAAAACAAUUUUCAUACACUCAAAUUCUUCUUUGACACAUACUAAGAAAAAUAAUUUCAGGAAUGUUUUUCUUUGGAAAUGUUGUUCUUCCAACUCUACUAUUCAUUUUCACAUACUGUGCAAGCAUUAUAUACUUUCGCCAACCACACACAUUACUGUUCAUAUGUCAGUUUAAAAAUAAACGUAAUAAAGGGCUAUACGUAAACCCAUGCUGUUAUUUCGCAUUACCAUUCAGCAAGUUCCUUCCUCUUACUAUGUCAGCUAAGUUCUUUUCUUUAUAAUGUCAUCAAUUUAUCCCAACAGAUGUUUUAAAAUCUUUCAUCUCGAUAUUACACAAUAUUUUUUUUACAAGCAGGUAAUAUGCAUUGAACUGAUAUAUUAUCACAAUUAAUUUAAUGUAAUGGCCAUCCUAUCUUCUUUUCCUUGAGGUGGGUGCUGUGCCUUGACAUGGUCUGUGAUGAAGCAAAUGUGCUUAAACAGUUCUUUAUAAAUCUCUGGUGUGGCCAUCUUUUAUAGUGUGGCUGAGAGUGUGUGGCAUGACACCAGUCUGUGAGCAGGCUCAUGGUCUCUGAAUGAAUUUGUUAAUGUGGUGCUGUAAGUGUUUGAGAAGUGACAGCAUAUAUAAUUUGUGGUGUAAACAUUUUUAAAUAACAUUUUAGUCUUUGGCAUAGCAACAUGUACUAGUCUGUGGUUUUAGUAAAAAAAAAGCUAUGGUGUAACAAUAGUUGAAAAUAUACUAUUAGUCUGUGGUGGUACAACUGUGGUUUAGCAAUGGCAUGGUGCAGAGACGGACAGUGGUUGAACAAUUUUGUACAAAGCAUCACCUCUCCUGAGGCUGAUGUUACUGAAUGCUAGAAUUCAUUACCAUCCAUGAACAGAUGUGAAUCAUAUUCAGCUUCUUCAGAAUGCCUGUUGCCACUAAUAUCACUGUAUACUGUUCCUGUUGACCAUUACCACCACUACCACCAUAUGCAAGGUCUGUGAUGAUUUUUACAAGCUUCACUGAGCUCUACCAUGAGCAAGUUAGAUGAGUAGGGAGAAAUUUAUUGAUCUGAAUGCAAGCCAAGUACAUGACAGACAAGACUCAAGGAAUACAGACACAAACCUUAUUCAUCAUUAUAUAAAAAAAAGUAGGACUGUUUUCUUUCCUUACUUUUUUCAGUAUCUUUUAAAUAGGAUUCUAUUUGCUUAUUUUGAAAACCUUCUAAAAGAUAUUUUUUUUAGAAUGACAAAUCAAUUAACUUGUAGGAACUCUUACUUUCUGGGCUCUUUUCUAUAUAAAAUGUUCAUUAAAUUUUUCAAGGAUUUCUCACUAUGCCACAAAUUAUGAAGUCAGUCAGUCUGUCUUGUGGUUGCAAAUUUUCUGCUGAUUCUCUUGUUCAGAAAAAAAAAAUUAUAGUUCUGAAAAAGAAAAUAAAUUCAAUGCCACAAUAUAGGUAGGUAUAAUGCUGCCCAUAAAUGAAAUGGUAUUGUCAUUCCAAUGAAAACACAUGCAAAAUAUAUCAAAUACACAUAUCCAAUCAUUCACCUAUCAAUGCACAUAGUAAGUAAUUGUCCAGACUUAUAAUAAAGGCGAUUACUACUUAUUCUAUCGUUAAAAAAUUCCAAUGACCUCGACUAGAUAGAUACUAGUAAUAUCAUGAGAUUUACAUAGUUAUCUUCUAAAUUGAUAAAGUCUGUCUACCUACAUGUCUAUGUAUCAUGUUUAGGUCCACCUUUAAGGGAGGCAGCCCAGGCAAGACAUGCUGUCUUAUCUCUAUGGAAAUAAAAAUGCACACAAUAUUCCUAUUCUCUCAUUAUUUAUAUAAAAAAAAAAAAAUAUCAGCAUUCUAUCAAGAAUGUCAAAUAAUUCAUUAUUCAAAGAUUUUCAAAAAUGAUGCAUUGAGUUACUGGUAAAAAAGCAUUUGGUAUUUAUAACAGGUGCAUAUACACUUCCUAAAGACUGAAAUUUUACAGCAUGCAUAAGUAAGGAAAACAAAUGUCUUUACCAUCUUCAAUUGCACAAUGUUGCCUUCCUGAGGAUGGGUGAAUGAUUGUAUCAAAAUCUUAGUUAUUAGUAUUUAUAAGAUUAGAUAAGAUUUGUCCUAACUCUUAUAUCUAAAAGAGUAGUUUUGUGGAUGUCUGUGUUGUUGUGUACUAUUUGUAUCUAAGUGAUUCAGGGGCUGAGUAAAUAAUAGUGUGCACAUCUAAAUAUAUCAAUAUACUGAUUUUCAUCUAGUUUUUCCCAUCCUUCAUUAUGCAAGUAAUUGUCUGUCACAUAUCUAAUGACAUAUCAUCUUUGUUAGAGUACUACAGUGCCACACAAAACUCUAGACUAGCUAAAAAUCUGGCAGUUUAAACAAGAUGCAGUGUGCUGCUAUCCUUUACUAACAUAACCAUAAUAUCACUCUCAUGAUACAUGCACUUCUUUAAUUACAACAAACUACACUUAAAUUCAGCUAAACAAGUCUAAUCUAAGAUUCAACAUCAUAUCUUCAUUAUCAUUUUACUCUGGAAUCAAUUAACUCAUGAAUUUUCCUAUCAUGGUGGCAAAAGAGCUUAACCAUCUUCAGAAUAAUCUGAGAUCGUAUAUAUUGUUACAUUCAUACACACACAGUACAAUUCUUUAAUCUCCUCAUGUAAAAAAAAGUCUGAAAAAAAUCCUAGGAGUAUACAUUCCUAAAACGGUGCCUCAAACUGAUUUAACAUUAAAGAAAAAAAAAAAAAACCUUACUUGGAGGUUUAAUGUAAAUUAAAUAGGUUCAGUAUGUAGAACAGUUAUUGUUGCUUCAUUCAGUCUAUAUCUCAAUGUCUAAUGAUCUAUGUCUGUGUUGCAUAACAUGUGUACCUGUUACAUUAAAGGCCAAAUGACACUG